AUGCACAAAGUGCAUCUCAGCAGGACUGUCACAUACCGGAUCCGAGUACCCCCAGUACCACCUAUAAGCAUCCCUACUGCUGGUCCGACCCCCUGUUUCCCCAUCCGCUCCAUUCCUCCUUCUCCGACAAUGCACGAAGUGCAUCUCAGCAGGAUUAGCCCUGCUACCUCCGCCCGACCCUAUUCCACUCUUCCGACACUACCCCUAUGUCCUCUGACAUUAUACCCCUUCCAUCCAACCCUAUCUGGGGUUCCGCUCCUCUGCCCUAUUGGUCCGCCCAAUCCUACUCCUACUCCCUCCGCUUUUCUGACCCGCCCAGUUCCACUCGUCUUGUCCCACCCAACUAUUAGGAGUAUCCCUAUGCUAGGCUCGUAUCCACCACUUUUCCAAUGCAUCAGGCAUCCAUCCGACGUCCAUCCGACACCUAUCCAUUUCAUCCAAUACCCAUCUGCUUUUCGGACGACAUGCGGAUACCUUUGGAUCUCCUCCUAUAGCUCGCACAUCCGCCGCAUCCGUCCUGUCCACGUCCAUUCUACCUCAUUGCCACCCUCUGAUCCUCCGUUCCCCUGUUUCCCUGUUCCCCCAUUCCCCCGUUCCUCCGCUUGUCCGACUUCCCGUGCAUUGGAACUAAACCCCACACUCUUGCAUCCAUCCCCUCCGUUCCGCUCUGCUUCGGACUUCGUCCAAGCAGUCCCUUCUGCUCCGCUUCUACUGUUGGUUCUGACUGCAGUAGUCUCCCGCCUCCCUCCUUCUGUCGGUCCUCCUUCAGAGGACCCCCAUUCCGACGUCCUGUCGGAACUCAUAGAACUCGUGUCAGACUACAUUCCGAAAUUAGGGGCAUGUACUCAGGUAAGUGGCGCAGCGUACGAGCUGAAGCCAAGCCCCUCAGACUCCGCUUUACCCCUGAGCACGGUCUUAACGAGGACUAGCCCUGCCACCUCUGCCCGACUCCACUCCACUCCUCCGACACUACCCCUAUUUCCUCUGACACUAUAUCCCUACCAUCCGACCCUAUCUGAAGCUCUGCUCCUCCGCCCUAUUGGUCCACCCAAUCCUACUCCUACUCCCUCUACCAUCUCCGCUUUUCCGACCCACUUGGUUCCUUCAAUUUCUCUCAUGUCACUCCACCCGACUAUCAGUCCGCCCAACCGCCUCACCAGUCCACUUCUAGACUAG